AUGGCAAACACUCCUCAUGGUGGCGUCCUCAAGGACUUGUUUGCUCGCGAUCUGCCCCGCCAGGCCGAGUUGCGCGAUGAAGCAGAGAAAUAUCCCGCCAUCGUCUUGUCAGAUCGUCAUCUCUGCGAUCUUGAGCUGAUCCUCAACGGCGGCUUCUCUCCCCUAGAAGGUUUCAUGACCGAAAAGGACUACAAUGGAGUAGUUGAGAACAACCGUCUUGCCGACGGCGCUCUUUUCAGCAUGCCCAUCACCCUCGAUGUUAGCCAGAAACAGAUUGACGACCUGGGUAUCAAGACUGGCGCUAAGCUGACGUUGCGUGAUUCCCGCGACGACCAUAACGUGGCCAUCCUAACUGUUGAGGAUGUGUACCGACCAGACAAGGUCAAGGAGGCCAAAGAGGUCUUUGGCAGCGACGAUGACACCCACCCUGGUACCAAGCACCUGUUCAGUGUUGCCAAAGAGUUCUACGUUGGCGGCAAGCUUGAAGCUGUCGCUCGCUUAGAGCACUACGAUUUCCUCGACCUUCGCUUCACUCCUGCCGAACUCCGAUCCCACUUCAACAAGCUCGGCUGGCAAAAGGUUGUUGCUUUCCAGACCCGAAACCCAAUGCAUCGUGCUCAUCGCGAGUUGACGGUCCGCGCUGCUCGCUCCCAGCAGGCCAACGUUCUCAUCCACCCCGUCGUUGGUAUGACCAAGCCUGGUGACAUCGACCACUUCACACGUGUUCGAGUUUACAAGGCUCUGCUGCCCAGAUACCCCAAUGGCAUGGCUGCUCUGGCUCUUCUUCCUUUGGCAAUGCGUAUGGGUGGACCUCGUGAGGCCUUGUGGCACGCUGUGAUCCGAAAGAAUCACGGUGCAACUCACUUCAUUGUCGGCCGUGACCACGCUGGUCCCGGCAAGAACAAGAACGGCAAGGACCACUAUGGCCCUUAUGAUGCCCAGAAGCUUGUCCAGCAGUACCAGGAGGAGCUUGGCAUCAAGAUGGUCGAGUUCCAGGAGAUGAUCUACAUUCCCGACAAGGAAGAGUACAUGCCCGCCAACGAGAUCCCCGAGGGCACUCGCACCAUGAACAUUUCCGGAACUGAGCUGCGAAACAGACUCAGAACCGGCAAGGAGAUCCCUGAGUGGUUCUCGUACCCCGAGGUUGUCAAGGUUCUCCGAGAGCAGAACCCAUUGCCACGAGAGAAGGGCUUCACUGUAUUCUUGACUGGUUAUCAGAACAGUGGCAAGGACCAAGUUGCUCGUGCCCUACAGACUACUUUGAACCAGGGUGGCGGACGGCCAGUCUCUAUGCUGCUUGGCGAGACGGUCCGAUCGGAACUCUCCCCAGAACUGGGCUUCAGUCGACAGGACCGAGACCUCAACAUCUCUCGAAUUGCCUUUGUUGCUUCUGAGCUAACCAAGGCUGGCGCUGCUGUGAUCGCUGCCCCCAUUGCUCCUUUUGACCAGGCUCGUACUCAGGCUCGCGAGCUCAUCGAGAAAUCUGGUCCCUUCUUCUUGGUCCACGUGGCCACUCCCUUGGAGUACGCCGAGAAGACUGACAGACGUGGCAUUUACAAGCGUGCUCGUGCUGGCGAGAUCAAGGGCUUCACAGGCGUUGAUGACCCUUACGAGGUUCCUUCUAAGCCCGAUCUCACGGUGGACUUGCAGACACAGAACGUUCGAUCGAUUGUGCAUGAGAUCAUCUUGUUAUUGGAAAGUCGCGGGUUGCUGGACCAAGUGUAA